CUGGUUCCUCUCAUCUAACCCUUCUCUGCCUCCCUGACAGCGUCUAGGUUGUCCUAUUUACACCAGCAAUCGCGAUGGUGGCAUUCAAAGCCCUACAGAAGUGAGCAAAUGGCUGCCUCGGAUCUAUCUCUACUGCCAGAACGUAAAGAAUGGAGGGUACAGCAGUUGGCAGCAGUGCUAUUAUUUUCCCUUUGUUCGUUCAUUCGGUACCGGUACUACGACGCCCUUUAUUGUCGGCGCCAGCCCCUGUCCGCCUUUCCCUCCCCAUAAGAAGCCAUGACCACCAGCUCAGAGAUCGAUCCGACGCCGCGACGAAUUUGCCACUCACCUUCUCUGCCAAUAGACUGACUACUAUUGUUGCUGCUAGUGCGAGUCGAAUACGGGGUUCGACAUGCCUGGCACUCUCAAACGGACCACACGUCGGGAACUCACCCUCACCCGCUCUUUCACGACUGCGAUAAAGUCCAAGAUCACAGGAAAUCAUGCCAAAGCAAGUUCAAAUUUGUCGAUAAUAGCUCCGCCGCUAGACAUUUCCACCAACUCCUCCCACUACAUGGAGAUCAGACCGCCGAUGCCGUCUCCAAUGCUCAAUGCUCGUCCCAUACCAAGGCGCCAAACAUCGCACCUCGCACCCAAACGCCUUCGUCACCCCAUCCAUGCCAUCCCACGGGAACUACUUCUCUACGUCUUUCACCUCGCUUCUGAUCAGGAUCCCCUCACCCUCCUCACCAUCACUCACGUCUCCUCGCCCUGGCGCCGGUUAGCCAUAUGUGCACCACUCCUCUGGCGAACCCUUUACCUCCCUGCAUGUCCGUCUAUAGAAGAUUGGACGAUCCGUGCUUUCCCCUGCAUGCUGCAGGUGCGUGUAGCUGCGACGCACCCAUCCCAGGCGGCUCUAGUUUCCCACCGGCUUGUGCCCCACAUUGCACGGGUCAAGCGCAUGGAGGUGCACAUCGAGCGGUGGGCGCCGUACAUGUGGAACGCGGUUAUGUCGUCGUUCUGCCCUCCCUUCUCGGAUUAUCAGUCGAAACACUCUGGCGAGCUGACAACAGCGCCCGUUCUCGAGUCGCUGGUCCUGAGCCACCCAACGAACGACGAUCCGAAGGAGUUUACGCCUUUCGGCGGUUCGCUACCGUCCCUUCGAUUUCUUCUACUUGACGGGAUCCGGUUCGCCCCGCUUCCAGGAUUGUUUCACAACCUCUUGUGCCUUGAUUGGGCCGUGCGACCAUUUGGUGACUCGGCCGUUGGCAUGAGCGGGGUACGGGAGGUUCUCGGUGUUCUCAGCGUGUGCGACUCUCUGCGCUCGCUGUGCAUAUCCUUCCCUCCACCUUCCGCCCACAGAAGAGUCAGCAGGAUCGGCGAUGCCACCUACGUUCCCCGGCACAGUCAGGUGUUGGAUAAUGGAGGAGGGGUCGUCGUGAUGCUUAGGUUAGAAAGCCUCAGCAUCAAGUUGCACUCGUCCAACGCGGACGUACCAAGCGAGAUUUCGACACUUCUGGGGCGACUUGUCCUCCCAAACAUACGCUAUAUCUCCCUCGUUGAUGCAAAACCAUCUGAGGUCUUCACACCACCGACGCGCCGUCCGAGGAACCUGCGACAGGUCUCAGCAACCCCCGCCUUGACGGCGUUCCAUCGCACCCUGGCUCUACUCGCCCCGACAGCCUUACGCUAUCUCCGGAUCGAAGGGCGGUGGUUCUCGCGAAAGGAGGUGGGAGACCUUGUUCGCGGUUUGCCCGGAGUCAGGCGUGUCGAAGUGUCCGGGAUGGGAUGCCAGGUGGAGAGUGCGUUCUUGCCCGGGUUCUCCGUUCGGAAGUGGGACGCCAAGGGCUUCGUCGCCGUUCGGGUCUGAGGUUCUUCGUCCCAGCUCGCCGAAUCGUAUCAUAGGGUGGCUCGAGGGUGACGAGUGCGAACAAGCGCCCGUGCUCAGUAGAGUAUUUGCUUGAGAGCGAGCGUGUCUUUCUUAGUUCUCUCUCAUACGGCAUCUGCAAUCCAUUGACCAUGCGCUAGCGACAGGUUCGCUGUUCGUCACGGACUUUGAUAUUCACGGACAGGAACAUCUUCCCUGCAUAUACUCACUACUUAUUCGCACGGGUUUGAAGCAUUGAUGCGCGGACACAGUUCUUUUGGAGCUCUGAAGUUUUCUUAGUUAUUGAUCGCUGCAGCACUUACCUACAGUUGGAAUACCCUCACGCCAAACAUAGGAUAACUAUACAUAUAUACCAUAUAAUUCUAAUUUGCUUGUAUUUUACCGAAAUAACGUCAGCUUUUG